CGCAUAGUUUGGCUCCAAAUCCUUUGAGUUAUUUGGAAUUCAUUGGUAAUCCUAGCAUAGAAAUUCUUCCUAGGAAUAUACCUGACCAUUCUGAAUCGUCAUCAAUAGUACGUAGAUAUAUAGAGGAUGAUGGCCCAUUGAGAUACGAUGAUUCCAUGAGAAUUCAAUUUAUUGCGUUCAAUCGUACGUUCAGCAUUCAUCUCGAGCCUAAUUUAGAUUUAUUUCAUCCGGAAGCCACGAUCACUAUACAUCAUUCUAAUAAUUCUAAAACAACUACGAGACUAAGGCAUGAAGACCACAGACUAUAUAAGGGAGUCGUGCUGGACAUAGACUCAACUGACAUUAGGUUAAAUGAGGACAUAGUUGGGUUUAAAAGAAGAAGCUUAUCGGAAGAACUAUCUUAUUCAUCAGGUGUUCUUGGAUGGGCAAGAAUUCAAGUUCAUGAUGAUGGCGGCAACAAUAAGCGACAUCCUACCUUUGAAGGAACAUUUAUUUUACAUAAUGAACUUUAUCAUAUAAAAUCUAUCGAAAAUUAUCAAUUAACUAAAUUCAAAGACGAUCCGGAGAUACCAAAUCCAUCUGCACGUCAUGAUGCUCAUAAAUUAUCUACGAUGGUUAUUUAUCGUGAAUCAGACGUUAAAAAGGUUCUUUACAAUAAAAGAUCAUCUUCAGAUGUAGAAUCUUGUUCAAUGGAAGAUGUUGUUGGUGCUGACAGCCUACGUCGUAAUCGUAUCGCACAUGGUGACUUUUUAUCGUUUAAUUCUAAUGAACAGUUUGGUAGUUCAUGGUGGAACUUAAAAAUGGGGAGUGUUUUUGAAGAUAAGCAUAAACUGUCGAAAAGAGACGUAACGGGUUGUCCAACUGGUCGAAAAAUUGCUUACAUGGCAUCGGCCGCCGAUUGUACAUAUGUCGGUAAUUAUAAAUCUCCCGAUGCUGCUCGAAAACAAAUUCUUCAGAAUUGGGGCACUGCCUCGGCUGUUUAUGAAAAGACUUUUAAUGUGACUCUUGGUCUUAUUAAAAUUGAGAUCCUACCCCAACAAUGUCCUCAGACUACUGACCCCGCAUUCCCAUUUAAUCGACAAUGUGAAGAUAAAUAUACUAUAAAUGAUCGACUUAGUGAUUUUAGUCAAUGGAGGGGAAAAACUCCGGGUGAUGGUGCGGGUUUAUGGCAUCUUAUGUCCAAGUGCAAUACCGGUACAAAAGUUGGCGUUGCGUGGUUAGGACAAUUAUGUAAAACAGAAUCAACCCUUCAAGAUCAAGGACAGUAUGUAUCUGGUACAGGGAUUUCUACUGUUGUUAAAGACGAGUGGAAAGUUGUUGCUCAUGAACUGUCUCCAAGUCAAUCUAUGUGUGGAAACGGAUUGAAAGAAGAUAAUGAACAAUGCGAUUGUGGCACUGAUUGCGAUUCUGACCCUUGUUGUGACGGUACAACAUGUAAAUUUAAGGGUAAUGCAGUUUGCGAUGACAUUAACGAUAUGUGUUGUAAUAAGUGUCAAUUCAAGCCUGCUAACGAGAUGUGUAGACCUGCCAGUUCGAAUUGCGACAUUCCUGAAUAUUGUAACGGAACUUCUGGGGUUUGUCCAUUUGACAAACAUAUUGACGAUGGAACUGCCUGUGCUCCUAAUCUUGCAUGUGCUGGAGGGCAAUGUACAUCUAGGGAUAAUCAAUGUCUUACACGUGGUAGUCGCUUGGGUAUCAAAAAAGCUUGCUCGCUUUUAUCUGAUUCAUAUCCAACCUGUACUAUGAGUUGUGCUAAUCCAAACGACACAAGGUCAUGUAUUGAAAUGAGUGGAUUUUUCGUAGACGGUACUCCUUGUGGAUUUGGUGGAAGAUGUAACAAAGGACAAUGUGGCAGUGGUACUAUAGGUAAUAGUUUUUCAAGCUGGCUAAAUUCAAAUAAACGGAUUAUAAUCCCGAUUGCGGCAGUUGUUGGAUUAAUUUUGUUAUGUUGUAUAUUACAGUGUGUAUUUCGCUGUUGUAGAAAACGACGAAAUAAUGCGACAAAAAUACGAAUUCCUUCUCUACCUCCAAAAUCGAGAACAAAUAGUUAUAACACUCAUAACGGAUAUAAUAAGUGGGUUGAUGAAUCCCAGUAUAACGGUCCUUCAUAUGCUAAUCAUCAGGAAUAUAAUAAUGAACCAGUGCCUAUGCCAACACCGGUACAUCGACAAAAUUCGCAUUCUCCAGAUUUUAUGUAUGCUGGAACAGGUCACAUAAAUACUCCACCGACAUUACAAACCACUUUCCAAAGCCGAGUAUCACCGUCACCUAGAUCACCACAUUCCAUGCGUUCCAUGGGCUCUUCAGGAUCACCUCGUUCACCAAAUCCCAAUUCACCAAGAAACUUUGUGGAAGAUACUUUUUAUAAUGGACCAAGGAUUCCAAAUUAUCAAAUAAACGAGG